CGUGGGGCCCAGAGCAGCUGCUUCACAGCACACUGCCCUGCCCUACCAUGCUGGCCUGCUCACAAAGCCCUCGUGAGGCCUACUGUGUCUUUCACUGAUAAGCAUAAACCCUUAGGUCUAAAUGUUUUUGUCCAUAUCGCGUCAGUAGGCCUAUGACGCGUCUGGAGGCAACAGUUGUGUGUGUGUGUGGUUGUGAUUAUACAUCAUUAAGAUAUCCUGUGAUUAUAGUGCAGGUUUAGACCCGUUAUAAAUGAACAGUGCUUAGGGACUGUAUAGUAACUCAUUUGCUCUAAGAUUGGUGAUUUUUUUUAUAUAAUUUGGACGUUAUAUAACUUGGACGCCCUUCCCUGUCGGGAGAGAAGAUUGAGAAGAUGAGUUUGACAGUUGAAGCUUCAAAGCUUCUCGAUUUCAAUCAGAAGCUUGACAUACCCCUUCUAGAUAAUGUUAUUGGGUUCAUGUACAAUGGAAUUGGAGAACAGCAACGGAUAGCACAAGAGGUGCUCACAACACUAAAAGAGCAUCCUGAUGCGUGGACUCGUGUAGAUGCUAUUCUGGAAUAUUCACAAAACCAACAGACAAAAUACUAUGCACUUCAGAUCCUUGAACAAGUUAUUAACACAAGAUGGAAGGUGUUACCUCGAGAUCAGUGUGAGGGUAUCAAGAAGUACAUAGUCAAUGUUAUUAUCAAACUAUCCAGCACACCAGAAUCCCUUGAUAGAGAGAAGGUUUAUUUGAAUAAGCUGAAUAUGAUUCUUGUACAGAUCCUGAAGCGUGAAUGGCCCAAAAAUUGGCAGUCGUUUAUUCCUGACAUAGUUGGGGCAAGUAAAACUAAUGAAUCUAUGUGCCAGAACAAUAUGGUGAUAUUGAAAUUGCUGUCCGAGGAAGUAUUUGAUUUCUCAACAGGACAAAUGACCCAGACUAAGGCAAAACACUUAAAGGAUACAAUGUGCUCAGAAUUUCAACAAGUUUUUCUUCUUUGUCUUUUUGUUAUGGAAAACUCCCAGAACCCAACGCUUGUUAGUGCCACACUUGAAACUCUCCUCAGGUUUCUCAACUGGAUUCCUCUCGGUUAUAUUUUUGAGACCAAGCUUAUCAGUACUCUCAUAUACAAGUUUUUAGGCCUGCCACUGUUUCGGAAUGUGACACUAAAAUGUCUGACGGAGAUAGCUGGUGUUGCUGUACCUUCUUACGAUGAAUCCUACAUAAUGAUGUUCUCCCAGACUAUUACACAGCUGCAGGAGAUGCUGCCAUUAGAAACAAAUAUCAGAGAUGCAUAUGCAAAUGGCCAAGAUGCAGAGCAGCAGUUUAUUCAAAACCUGGCCUUAUUCUUAUGUACCUUCCUCAAGGAACGAGGCUCAUUAGUGGAAAGAAAACAACUUAGUGAUGCUUUACUUAAGGCUUUGCAGUACCUGGUAUUGAUAUCUGAAGUAGACGACACAGAAAUAUUUAAAAUUUGCCUCGAGUACUGGAACACACUAGCUUCUGAUUUAUACAGGGAGUCUCCAUUUCUCCCUCCAACCGGCGCCUCACCACUCUAUCUUCCAAGACCAAACUCAAGACGACAGUUCUACCAGCCAAUUCUUACGAAGGUGAGAGCGUUGAUGAUCAGUCGAAUGGCAAAACCAGAAGAGGUUUUGGUCGUUGAAAAUGAGCAAGGUGAAGUAGUAAGAGAGUUCAUGCGUGAUACAGACUCUAUUAAUAUGUACAAAAAUAUGCGCGAAACUCUGGUUUAUCUUACGCAUUUGGACUACGCUGAUACAGAACGAAUCAUGACAGAAAAACUCGCCAAUCAGGUUAACGGCAGUGAAUGGUCUUGGCGAAAUCUAAACACCCUCUGUUGGGCUGUAGGAUCCAUUAGUGGAGCCAUGCCAGAAGAAGAUGAAAAGCGUUUCUUGGUGAUUGUGAUAAAGGAUUUGCUGGGUCUUUGUGAGCAGAAAAGAGGCAAGGAUAAUAAAGCAAUCAUAGCCUCAAAUAUCAUGUACAUUGUUGGACAGUAUCCCAGAUUCCUUCGCAUACACUGGCGCUUCCUGAAGACUGUCAUCAACAAACUUUUUGAAUUCAUGCAUGAAACCCAUGAUGGUGUUCAGGACAUGGCAUGUGAUACCUUUAUCAAAAUUGCUCAGAAAUGCCGCCGCCAGUUUGUUCAAUUGCAAGUUGGAGAAGCAAUGCCCUUCAUUGAGGAAAUACUAUCUUCCAUCAAUUCCAUCAUUUGUGAUCUACAACCACAGCAGGUUCACACUUUCUAUGAAGCAGUUGGAUAUAUGAUCAGUGCUCAGACUGACCAAGUUGUCCAAGAACACCUCAUUGAAAAAUACAUGACACUACCCAAUCAAGUCUGGGAUGAGAUCAUCAACCAAGCAUCAAGGAAUGUUGACAUUUUGAAAGACCCUGAUGUUGUAAAGCAGCUAGCAAAUAUUUUAAAGACCAAUGUUAGAGCAUGCAAAGCAUUAGGACAUCCCUUCGUUUCUCAGCUUGGGCGCAUUUAUCUUGACAUGCUGAACGUAUACAAGGUUAUGAGUGAAAAUAUUAGUGCAGCUAUUGCCCUUAAUGGUGAGGGAGUGACCAAGCAACCUCUCAUCAAAUCUAUGCGUGUAGUUAAGAAAGAGACACUCAAACUUAUCUCGGGUUGGGUAUCACGAUCAGAUGAUUAUACAUUAGUUUUGGAUAACUUCAUUCCACCCCUACUGGAAGCAGUUUUAAUGGAUUAUCAGCGAACUGGUGUUCCCUCGGCACGCGAACCUGAAGUUUUAUCAACUAUGGCUACCAUUGUAAAUAAACUAGAGUCGCACAUCACCCAACAAGUCCCAAAAAUAUUUGAUGCAGUUUUUGAAUGUACUUUAUCAAUGAUCAACAAAGAUUUUGAAGAGUUUCCGGAGCACAGAACAAAUUUCUUCCUUCUUUUACAGGCUGUUAAUACACACUGCUUCACAGCACUUCUCAAUAUUCCUCCAGCUCAGUUCAAACUUGUGCUAGACUCUAUAAUAUGGGCUUUCAAGCACACCAUGCGUAAUGUUGCAGAUACUGGAUUGCAAAUCCUUUACCAGUUACUACAGAACAUCUCAGCGCAUGGAAGUGCUGCUAGCAGCUUUUAUCAGACGUAUUACACUGACAUUCUGCAGCAUAUUUUCUCUGUUGUUACAGACUCUUCACACACUGCUGGGUUAACAAUGCAUGCUUCCAUAUUGGCAUACAUGUUCACAUUGGUUGAGCAAAAUCGCAUUACUAUCAGUCUGGAUGCUGCGAACCCCUCAGCACCUAGUCAAACCAAUGUCACCUAUGUGCAAGGCUUUGUGGCAAAUCUUCUCAAGGCUGCUUUCCCUCAUCUCUCAGAAAAUCAAAUAAAAAUCACAGUGCAAGGCAUGAACGACUUGAAUCAAGAUAUUCCUGCUUUCAAGGAGCAUCUUAGAGACUUCCUUGUUCAAAUCAGAGAGGUAACAGGCGAUGAUGACAGUGAUCUUUAUCUGGAGGAGAGAGAGGCAGCCCUUAGACUUGCACAGGAGGAGAAGCGUCGCGUCCAGAUGAGUGUACCUGGUAUCUUAAAUCCACACGAGAUUCCUGAAGAAAUGCAAGAUUAGAGAUAAGCUACCUCCCAGCUUAGAGAUUCCAUCAGAUUUUUAUGCCAUGGAAAAUUCUUGUGUCCAUUGAUUUUUGGUCCAAUAUUGUUUUUGCAUCUCACUAAAUGUUUGAGGGGUUUUAGAAACCCAGGAGUUCAAUUAAAAUUUUUAGCUUGAGACAGUUAUGACAAGGGUAAAAAUUCAUUACAUGAAAUGAAACAUUUGUAGUGAUUGUAAUGUUAGGCCACUUUAUGGCCUCAAAAUCUCAUGGGAUUUAAACCAAACCCAAUAGAAACUUGGAAAUUUGAUGGCACAUUUGUCAAUUAAUAAUUGGAAAGACAUUUGUGAACCUUUUAAAAGUUCAGGUUUACAAAGCUGUUAUCCUGGUAUAUGGGAGAGUUGGUUGCUAACUCAAGUCAUUAUUAUACCAUUACAAUUUUCUAUAUGCUAAUAAAUUUAUAUUUUGAUUAUAACAUUUAUUAUUACCAGUUUUGGUAUUAAAAGUGUCAAGAGUACAGAAUAUGAUCAGUCAUGGUGUACCGUCUUCAUCAGUCUUAAUUUUUUUUUAUACUGUAGAUUGAUGGAGAAAAAUUGCCAUCUUGUUACCAUAGCCAAAGCAAAAAUGUUUGAACAUUUUUUUUUAUAAGUUGAUUUUAUUACAAUUUUAGUAUGUUGAGUUAAUGUCAGAUUGCUUUUUAUGAUCCAGUUUGUUUAAAAAAAAUGAGUUGUUGCUGAUGUAAUUUUGGUAUUGUAUUAUGAUAAUCUCAUUCAAUUAUUGGUUAUACAUAUUUGGAUAACUUCUCCAAAGUAAAGUGCAGUUCUGUUAAAAAAACAAUAAUGCAUUUAUGAGUGGUUUACGAGCAAGGGCUAAUGUCGGACUUGUCCAAUGCAUUUAUUUGUUGCCGAUUGAUAUGCUUACCAUACUAAUAAAGUAUAUUAUCUGAUCACUCAAUUUUAAAGAUUUUUUAGGUGAAAGUUCAAUCUAUACAAUGUAUUUUUCCUCGGUGAAUGGUUUUGCUCAGAAUUAGUGUUGAGAAAUUGUUUUCCAGGUCAUAGUUUUCUCCUAGUCUUUGCACCCCUCACCCUCUCUCUGCCUUUACCACUUUUUUCAAAGAUCACUUUAUUGUGACAGCAAAAUGGCUGUUUAAUAACUAGAACCGAGAAGUUUCAUAAAAUAAGGAUGUUUAACAUUAAAUGCUUUUGCUUUGGUAGCUUAGAUUGGUAUUGUUUUGGGUAUAGAAAAACAUUCAAAGCUGGAAAGCCCAAAGGUUUUAAAGUCAGUCCUCAUUUUUGUAGGGGAUGAGCUAGAUUUGAGAGAGUGUUGUCAUUUUCUCAGUUUUCUAAUUUCUUUUUCUUUACAAAAUGUUUUCAGUUGUUGAAAAUUUAUAUGCAUGAUUAGGAAGUGAAGUUGUAGAAAUUUGUUAUAAAAAAAAAGUGUGCCAGAGCUGUGAAACCAUUUAUACCUGCUGAAGCUUAUUGCAUCAGUAGGGACUUACGCUUUUGUGUUAAAUAUACCAUAAGGUUUCUGACUUAAUGUAUGAAUCGGUGUUUUGAAUGAGGGAGCGGCAUUCUUGUAUUAUUAAAAGUGGCUCCUUCUGUUUGACCAAAGUAUAUGUUUUGUGAAUGCAAGGAAUGCUUGUAGUUCAAAGGUUUUUGUUUUCUGGUAGUGUUAUGUGAGCAAGCUAACAAAGAUUAGAGUUUUGGCAAAAUAUUGUGAUAAGGAACACAGGGAUGAACAUUGUUCAGUUUUGAAAUUGAGCUUUUUCAUAGUUAUUAAUACCUUUGAUUUUUAUUAUUAUAUUUAUUGGGAAGGGCAUUUUAAGACUGACAAACAAGGUUGAAAGAUCACCGAAACCAUAAGACUUUAGUUUCAAAUGUCAGUUUUAUCUGUGAUGAUUUGUGCAUGACAGCUAAUGAAGAUAUCAUUAACUGUCAUGCUUCUGUUAAAUGUCAUUAACUUCUUUGAGGUUGUCUGCAAAAGUCUCUGAAGGUAAUACAUCGAUUUCAUAGCUCUUGUUUAAAGACCACUGGUAAGUAUAGUUUCUCCCACAGGAAAGGAAUUAAAGAUGAAGUAUAUCUGCAAUAAUUCCAUAAGUUUGUUAGAUGCAGUCCUAAAAAAAUCAAAAUUAUGACUUAUUAUACAUUUAAAUGUAAUACAACAAAAUGACCUUUAGCUAGAGUGCAGUAUUCUAUAAAACAUUAUCUUCAUCUUAACAAGCUGCCAGUUUUGAUGUGAAUUAGAUGGUAAAAAGAGAGUAAAGGUAUUUGUAAGUGGAAGUAAACAGGAAUUCAACAAAAUUUUAAAUUAAAAAAAUCACACAAGGAAACUCAAGUUCUCCUUGAGUGCAUAUGAAUAUUUUCUUCCUCUUCCUCCUCUUUACUCAUUUCUCCACCUUCCCCCACCCUUCUAUUCACUUCUUCAUUCCUUAUAAUUACUACUUCAUUCCCUGCCUAUGUCUUUAACUACUUCCUCCUACCCCUAUCUAGUUUCUCUCACUACCCCCUCCUUGAUUCUCCCCCCCCCCAACCCUCUGCCAUUUUUCCCUCUUGUAAAGAAGGAAAUUGUUCUUGCAUUAAUUUUUUUCCCCACCGUGUAAGAGUUGUCCUCAACAUAUCCUUCUUGUUAUACGCGGAUUCUGCUUUGUACUCAAAGGCUUCAGCGAUCUAUAUUGACAUUACCUUCAUUAACAGACACACCAUACUUCACAGUGUGUGUUCCAAAUGUAAAUGCCCAUUAUAGAUACAGGUACUGUAAAUCUGUAAGAGCUGGCAAAUAAUGAAUGCUGUGUAGCAUGUGCUUGAAAUUUAAGCUCCCUGUGAUUACUUUUGACUAUGGGAGGCAUGAGUUCAGGUUUUGGAAUAACUUUUGGGGAUAUUGCGUAAUUUUUUAUUAAUAUACAAGUUGAGUUUUAGUUAAUUGGUAAAAACAAUAUGAAAAACAGUUUAUCUGAUAUUUAAGUUAUUUUCUGGGAUGAAAUCAACAUGGGAGGAGUCUGGAGAUCUCGUGCAUUGGGAGCUUAGUUGCAUUUUAUAAUUAUUCAUAUUUGACAUGACACUAUAAUUUCUUUCAGUCUAGGUGGCUCUUGGUAUAAAUAUCCUUGUUCAUUAUUUUUCUUGGAAACUCCCUCGCUUGUGAGGUUGUAUGUGUGUAAUUUAUUUUGAACACUUCACUUUGUAUUGAAUGUAAGAUAGUGUUGUAUUAUGCAGUCUGUCGUAUUUCUUGAUUUCUUAUCUCUGCUGUUCUAAAGGGGCCGUGUUGGCAUAGUCAGUCCCCACAUGCUUAUUGUAAGUGGACAAAACACAACUUGAUUUUCCAUCAGUGCAUUAUGCUUAUGAUUUUCAUAGUGUUUCAAAAUUUCACUUUAAAUGAGGCUGCAUAUGUCUAUAUUUAGUGGUUUAGGAGAGGAUUCCGAAGAAACAGGUAUCAUAUAACUUAGAUCAUCGUGUAAAACACUGUUAACCGACAUCUAGGUCAUUUGCAUUACCUCAGGUGUUCUUUUCAGUUUUCUCUUGAUAAUUCAAUUGGAGUUUAAUAUAUGGCCUUCAAUCUUGUACUAGAAGAUUUUGGGUUUACAAUUAGUUGCCCCAGUUACUCAAUAUUACCAGAUGUGUGUAAAAUCCUCUGUAUGACUUGCUGUAGAAUUUUGUGGAUUGGUAUAAGACAAGCAACUAAAGGUUUUGCCCUCAAAUUGAGAGCAUCCUUUUGUAGUCGAAAUUACAGUCAACCUCUGAGCAACUAAUCUAUUGGGUUGCAAGUGUCUGACCACCUCCACAGAAAUGUCCCUUAGUGGUAGUGGAUGUAGAAUUUGCACGCGAGGAUAGGUAAUUACCUAAAUAACCCCUCAAAAGUUGUCUGUUGAGAUGACGUGAUUAUACCAACAGCAGUGUAGUAUGUGUGGGCUGCUGGAGGACAGAAGUAACCCAUGUGGGCACAAAACUCAAGUGAAGAUGUGAAUUAUUGCAAACUUACCUCUACAACUCCCACAGGUUAUAAUGUACUUCCAACCCCUUAGUAUGUUUGUUGUGUGUAUCUUCAGUGCGUUAACAUGAGUUGCACUAUCUCUGUUUUAAGAGAUGCAAAGCAUAGUGUGACUGAACAUUUUGAUAUUCUGCUAUUUGUGCAAAACUUAGCAAAAUAAGAAAAUAUUUUACAAGA